UUUUUUUUUCUUUAUGAUGCAUCUUGAAACUCAACGACUUUAUACUCUUUAUGAGAUACUCACUCGAUAUUACACUAAACAUGGCUCAGUCUUAAAGACUGCCUGCAAACUUACGAUUGUAUCUCUUAUUGUCUACAAAGGAAUUCAGAAACUCUAUGAUGCGUAUUUGGGUCCCUUAAGGCACAUACCAGGUCCUUUUAUCUGUAAAUUUAUGAAUAUACCUAGUUUUGUCUAUGAUAUGCCUAUAGGCACUAUGUUCAAGAGCAUGAAACAAUUGCAUGAUAAGUAUGGUAGUCUCGUCAGAAUAGGCCCCAACCAUGUUUCUAUUUCAGAUAAAAACAUGAUGAAGCAUAUCUUGUUAAGUGACGACGUUGUCAAAGGUCCAGCUUAUGCAUUGUCCAGAGUCAAGGGAGAAAAUUCGUUCAAUACAGAAAACAAAUCAUUCCAUAAGCGUAUAAGAAGACUUGCUUCACCAGCUUUUUCCAACAGAUACAUUAGUUCACUUGAUCCUCUUUUCUUGGGUGUCAUUCAAUCCCUCAUAGACCAACUGGACCAAGAAAUCCAAUCGACCGAAGAUAAAGAUGGGUUUGGCACUGUGGAUGUUUGGAAACAGAUUCAAUAUUUAAGUUUGGACAUCAUUGGCGAAACCGCAUUUGGUCAGAGUUUUAACAUGGUUCAUGAUCAAAGUCAUUUUGUAGCCAGUGCUAUUUUAAAAAAGAUGAGAGUAGCUUCUGUGAUUAUUGCUUACCCUUUUCUUAUUUACCUGACUCCUUUAAUGCAAAAGUAUAAUCAAAAAUUGGUGGCAUUUGCCCAUGGUAUAUUUAGUGCGAGAAAACAAAGCGGGACAAAAAGAAACGAUAUCUUACAAGUAUUGAUCGACACACAAGAUGCAGAAAACCCAGAGGAUCGUUUAAGCGUACAAGCCAUCGCAAGUGAAAUAUACCUGUAUUUAGUAGCUGGAUCAGAAACGACAAGUAACACGAUUGGUUUUACAAUCAUUGAACUUUUGCGCCAUCCAGAUAAAAUGGCCAAACUGAUGGAGGAAUUGAAUGCAUUGCCUAUCCGAGAAGGCCAGACGACUUAUGAGCAUGAACAGCUUAAGCAUUUGAGCUACUUGAAUGCCGUGAUUCAGGAAACUAUGCGUAUAAAUCCUGUGAAUGCAGCAGGAUUGCAAAGACGACUUACAAAGCAAAUAACAUGGGAUCAAGUUGUCUUUCCUGAGAAUACUAUUGUUACGUGUUGUAUCUAUCAUGCUCAUCGAAACGAUACUUAUUGGCCAAAUGCGACUCAGUUUGUACCUGAAAGAUGGAUACCAGGAGAAAAGGAGUAUACAUCAAAUGAACAUGAUGCCUUUUUUGGCUUUAGUAUUGGAUCAAGAAACUGUAUUGGCAAACAGUUUGCUAUGCAUGAAAUGCGUUUGACAAUAGCCAACUUGUUAAAGUUAUAUACUCUGAAACCUAUAACAGAUGAAUUGUCUCAUGCUAAAGAUACAAGACAAUAUCUUACACUUUCUGUUGCUCAAAGUAGGUUUUUAACCAAGAUUAAGCGCAAAUAAAAACAUGAUAUCAGUGUACACUUUUAAA